GUGUUAUUUACUUAUUCCGCGCAAGGUGGAGAGUCGAGAACGAAAAGAACCAUAGACUGAGUGGGAACAGCCAGUUUUUCGCACCAACGAAACAAAUCCUCUUUUCGAAAUCGUGUUUCACAUUUUUGUGAGUGUUCGUAUCUUGUGGCUGCAGUUGCUCAGGGAGCACCUUCGCUAACCACCAACUUUUUGUGUCUUGUUUUUGGCUUAGUGUUUGUGCGUUUUCUCAUCUCUCUGAAGACGAAUAGAAUCAUCUAUUACUUCGUGUGUGUGUGUGUUCCUCUCGAUACGAUAGAUACACACACACACACACACAUAGAAGACAUUAUAUGCACAUAAAAACGUUACGGUGAGCGAGGAGGCCUCGGUCGCGAGAGGAAUGCCAAUCGCGAUCGAUUUCAUGGCAGCCGUUCAUCCACCGCUGUCGUCGGCCGUCGUGCCAGGUCGCUAAGUCACAGAACAAAGUUCUUUCGAGAAUCACCAGACGACUACGAAUUAGCCCAACGAAUACCCACGGGCCACACAACCAAAAGAUAUUGAGCAUUGGCUUCGUUGGGUUCGUCUCGUGUACGUCAGCCAGGACACAAACUUCACGUCCGGCAUUGGAACGAUAUGACCGAACAGCAAUUGCCUCGAUCCAACGAUAUGAAUUCGGCAUCACCGCUAAGCAGUUCCUUUGUGGCGUCGCACCGGCGGCCUGAAUUGGUCGGCGGUCCGGUUGUCGGCUCCUCUUCCGGCUCGUCGGCCGCCGCUGCUGCUUCUGCUCCGGGUGCCAACAACAACAACAACAACAACCUGCCCAACUACCGGGAACAGGCGGCUCUCCAGCAACAAAUUUUGCAGCUCAAGCAGCAGCAACACCUGCAGCAACAAAUUCUCCUGCAGCAGUACCAAGUUCAGCAACAACAGCUGGCCCAGCAACAUGAAAAACAAUUACAGGAAUUCCUGGAACAGAAGAAAAAAGCUGAAGAAGAAGCUCGGCUGGAACGCGAACGUCACGAGAAGGAGCGCCUGUUGGCGCUGAAGAACAAGGAGAAACGUGAGCAGAGCGCCGUCGCUUCUUCCGAAGUGAAACAAAAACUCCAGGAAUUCGUGUUGAAUAAGAAGCAGAGAGAAGCUGCUGCAGCGGCCGCCGCAGCCGGCAACGGAACUGCCAACACGCCCAGCUCCUCUUCAGCUCCGUAUCGAGCGUGGACGGGAGCUGUGCCCACUUUGCCUGCCGGCCACGGAUGCGCCAACAACAAAGGAUCGACGUCGCAAUUAUCCAGCGGAUUGGGCUCAACGGGCAGCGGCAUCGGCAGCAGCAACGGCGUCGGCGGCGCCAGCUCGUCGUGUUCGUCAUCCUCAUCCAGCGGCAUUGUUCAUCCUCAUCCCUAUCGCCAUCCGCUCCUUCCUGGCAAUUUCGACGACGAUUUCCCACUCCGCAAAACCGCGUCGGAACCCAACCUGCUCAAAAUGCGGUACAAACCACGCGGGGCCGUCGAGCGUCGCAACUGCAGUCCGUUGGUGGCUCGGCGGAGGGGCGGCGGUGGUGGUCCGCAACAUCAUCUCUCCGGAGGCAGCGGGCCGGCCCUGCCGGGCCAUCAUCACUUGCCGCCACCUCCGCCCGUGCACCUCCACCACCGUCAACCCCCGCCACCUGCCCACUCCUCUUCUCUGGCCAUGGCCGCCGCCAAGCGGAUGGCGCAUCUGACAAGUCAAGAGACGGGCGGAAGCACUCCGGAAUCGCCUUCCGGUGCUGGAUCUCCGCUUGGCUCUCAACAUCCUUCAUCAGGGGUAGUGCCUGUACCUGAGGAGACCAGUCCGUCUCAGUACCACCUGAUGGCCAGUCACGGCCAGGGAAGCAUUUCGGAUCUGACGCUCUACACUAGCCCUUCUCUACCCAACAUAUCUCUGGGCCGGCCAGCGAUGGCCAACCAUCACGCUGCCGAACCUCCCGGAUUGGCCAUGGUCAGCGAGGUGGUGGACAUGCGCGCGGCCUUCUCUGUGCGCAUGGGCCUGCCCGCAACAGGAGGCAGUCAUCACACGCUGUACCAGCCGCCGCAACCUCAACACCACCACGCUCAUCCGCACCAUCAACAUCACCACCUGCUCAUGUCAUCCGCUUCACCUUUCUUUCCCCCGCCGCCCCCACCCGAUUCCGGCGGAGGCGAUUACGCAUCCGGCGGAGGAGGAGGAGGAGGUGGUGGUGGUGGUGGUGGUGGCGGCGGCGGUCCCGAAUCGCCCGGUUACAUUCAAAAGCAGAUGCAGUUGCUGGAACAGGCCGGCCAUCACACUCACGUUCUGAUGAGCGGACUCUACAACGGCGGUGCGCCCAUCACCGACGCUCAAGUGGCGCAGGCAAGACUGAACAAAUCGGGGAUGCGUCCACUGGGCCGGACGCAAUCGGCUCCCCUACCCCUUGGCCAUCCGCUGUUGCAAGGAGCGCCGCACGGAGUCGUGCCGUCCGUGCCGUUGACGCAGCAGCAAUUCGAUCAGUACGUCCGCGAACGUCAAAUCUACGAACAACAACAUCAACACAAUUUGCUCAAACAGCAUAUCCGGCAGACGGUGCUGACCAGGGCGGGCAGUCGAAGCCAAGUGGAAAAUGUCGAAGAAGAGACGGAAGCGGCCGUUGCUCGAGAAAUGUCACGCGAUCGCGGCACUCCUUUACCUGAAAUCAUCGACUUGACGGAGCAUAAAUUAGAGGAGGAAUCGGACAGCGAUCGUCACUCGUCCCGUGAUGGCUUGUCACCCCUCCAGGUGCGCUCGUCCAGCUCAAGAACGUCCCUACACGCCAGUUCAGGUUCGGCUUUUGCUCCGCGAGGCCAUCACGUUGCCCGGCCGUUAUCGCGAGCGUUUUCCAGCCCUUUGGUAUCGCUCGAUCCGCCUGGAGGUGGCCCGUCUGCGGCUGAAGGUGGCACGGCCGUUGUGCCGAUGACAUUGGCCGCCGCUGGAUGGGGCCCUUCGGCUGGAGGCGCUAAGCCGGGCAGUACCAGCACGGCGUUAGCCUACGACGGCCUCAUGUUGCGACACCAGUGCAUGUGUGGAAGUAACAGCGCCCACCCGGAGCACGGCGGACGUUUGCAGAGCAUCUGGGCCCGUCUGCAAGAAACGGGCGUGGUCCACCGUUGCCUGCGACUCCGUUCCCGCAAGGCAACAGCCGAAGAGCUCCAGUCGGUUCACUCUGAAGUCUACACGAUGCUCUUUGGCACCGAACCCAUGCACCGUCCCAAAGUGGACGUCAACCGUUUUGCCGAAUUGCCCAUGAAGAAUUUCGUCAUGUUACCAUGCGGCGGCAUUGGCGUCGAUUCCGACACGACCUGGAAUGAUAUCCACACGCCGUCCGCCGCCCGAAUGGCCGCCGGCUGCGUUAUCGACCUAGCCUUUAAGGCUGCCAUGGGCGAGAUUAAGAACGGUUUCGCCAUCGUUCGACCGCCGGGCCAUCAUGCGGAAGCUCAACAAGCCAUGGGAUUUUGCUUCUUUAAUUCGGUCGCCAUAGCGGCCAAACAGCUCAGACUCAGGCACAAACUGGAGCGCAUCCUCAUCGUCGACUGGGACGUCCAUCACGGUAAUGGAACCCAGCAAAUCUUUUACGACGAUCCCCGCGUCUUGUACAUUUCCAUCCAUCGCCACGACGACGGCCAUUUUUUCCCGGGUACUGGCAACCCUUUGGAGUGCGGAUCCGAUGACGGAAUUGGUUUCAACGUUAAUAUCGCCUGGUCAGGUGGACUCAAUCCGCCGUUGGGAGAUGCGGAAUAUUUGGCCGCGUUCCGAGCCCUCGUCAUGCCAAUUGCUCAAGAUUUCGACCCAGAAAUCGUCUUGGUGUCGGCCGGUUUCGAUGCUGCUACGGGCCACCCAUCUCCGCUGGGCGGCUACCAAGUGUCGGCCGCUUGUUUCGGGUACAUGACGCGACAGCUGAUGGAGUUGGCCGGUGGUAAGCUUGUGAUGGCUCUGGAAGGCGGUUAUGAUUUACCAGCCAUCUGCGACGCCUCGCACGAGUGCGUCCGAGCGUUACUAGGCGACGAACCGGUACCCAUACGGCAAGAAGAGCUCGCCAGGCGGCCAUGUCAAAAUGCCAUCGAUUCUCUUCAUAAAGUCAUCUCCAUCCAGCAACCUCACUGGCCGACCAUCAAACGCUACGCCUACUCGGCCGCUUUGUCGGCCUACGAAGUGGAGGGAGUCGGACGGACACGUCGUUACAGCAAUGGAUGCGGAUCGCUGGAAGGCGGAGAAGACAGCGAAACGCUGUCAGCUAUGGCCGGCCUAUCGGUCUGCCGGACAGAUAGCAGCAAAAGCAUUGCGUCGUCCUCCAGGGAGCUGUCGCAAGAGCCGAUGGAUCAGGACGAUUCCAAAUGAUUUGAAAAAAAAAAAAAAAUAAUUUCUGGAACGUGAAAGAUGCACAAGUAGAAAACUAAAUUGUUUGUGAAAAGUGGCCGAAUUGAGAAGAAAAAUUUGGAAAUAUCGAAAGAGACGAAUGGAACGUGUCCGCGUUAAUUGGUCAACGCGCGUGAAUCGUACAGAACAUACAGAGUUGGCGAUCUCGUUUGUGGGCCACCGAAUAUUUUGUUUGUUUUGUUUUUUUUUUGUUUGUUUUUUUUUGCAUUAUUAUUAUGUGUUUGUGUGUGUGUGUGUGUGUAUGUGUUUGUGUGUGUGUGUGUUGUUUUGUAAUUGGCAGGAUUUAGGGAGGGCGUUUUUGAGAAGAGAGGCGG